AUGUCGUUCUAUUUCUUCGUUUAUCUAGUACUAUUAUUAGUACUUAUUGAUAAAUAUAAAAUUUAUUCAAUUCCAGCCUGUGUUAUUAUUGAUACAAAUAUGCUUCAACGACCUGAUAAUGAUCUAUCAUUACCAAAUAAUCGUUCAUCUUCAUCAUUACUUCUUCGAAAUUUACGUAUGCUUGAUCAUCAACGUUCAUCUGCAUUAUCUGAAUUAGUUGUAGAUCCUAUACCACUGUCUUAUAUUGAUAUCAAACAAACAACAUUACCACCUUUGAUGAAUAUAAAUCAUUCAUCAUUAAAAAAAUCUUUAACCGAAGCCGUAAUUGAUCAAACAUUUUCUCCAUGUCCAAUUAAUUUACUCAGUGAAAUUGAAACAAAAAUGGUUGUUCCAUUUGAAUUUCGUCGUUUACGUAUUGAACAACCUGAUCAUCGCACAAAGUUUUUUGAUGAUGAUCCACGUGAAACUGUUCCUGAUUUAUCAACAGCUGUAUAUGAAAGACGUUCAGAUCCUGAUGGACUUCGUUUUUGUCGUACUUGUCGUGAUGGUUUUUGGACUCAAUUAACAGUAUGUGACACUGUUCGAUGUGAUGCUGAAUUAUUACGAGCUAAUCCACGUUUAGUUACUGAAUGGGGAGAAAUAAAACCAUUAGAUGGUGGUGCACUUUAUACACCUACAACUGUUUUUGCUAUAUAUGCAUUUGCUUUUGGUCCUCAUUGUAAACGAUGUGAAUCAAAUGGACAAUGGAGUCGUUAUGCACUACCAGAACUUUGUGCUGGUAUUAAAUUUUUUGGUCAACCAUCAACAACAACAACAACAACAACAACAACAUCGACAGCAACAAUACUCAAUAGUCAAACUUUGACAAAGUAUGCAAAAUUAAAACAAACUUCAACAUUAUCGUCGACAAAAUCGACAAGCAAAAAACAAUAA